GCGAGAUGUGCAUGACGUCACCAGGCGAGAUUUAGAUGGGCGUGACGUCACAUCCCGUGACAUCCAGGUGAGGUGUGGACUGGUAGAGAGAACAACAGAAGGGAGAGAGGCGAGCAGAUCCAGGUGAGGUCUUAUACAGGUGUGCAGCAGGAUCCUGGUGAGGGUUUUUGCGGGCGGGUCGGCCUGGUCUGCCGUGAGUGACUUCUGCACUGCACCACACCUGGCGCGCACUCACCUGCACAUGGAGGAGAUGGUGAGACAUCUGAUCACCUGCUGGGUCGUCACGGUGGCCGUGCUAGUAUGCAUCUCUCCCCCGCGCUGCGGGGACGCUGCCGCCUCUGGGCGCAUGGUGCCCGUGAAGGAGCCCAGCUGGGCCGGCAACGUCCCCUGCUUCGCCUGCGAGCUGGAGGCCAACGAGACCUCCAUGGUGUGGUGGGCCCUGGGGGACGAGGUGGUGUGCAUGUGGCCGCCCGACCCCAACCCCGUGGCGACGACGCGCGUGUUGUGUCAGCACGGGCGCGCGCCGGCCACGGGGCUCGUGUCCACGUCGCUGUGCGUGCUGCACGCCGGGAUGACCGACUUCGGGAACGGCGCCGCGGUGCGGUGCCAGGCGAGCGAGACGGCGAAACUCCGGAGCGUGCAGCUCAGGGCCAAGAUGCGGGCCGGCUCUCGCAGUUGGGUGAGUGGCGGUGCCAGUACUCCCAGAAUGCACCAGGGCGCCCUGGCAGCCUGCGCAAUGCUGGCGGCAUCUCUGCUGGCAUGAUUGAGCUGGGAUGUGGAAGACGAGGGAGGAGGAGGAAGAGGAGGUGACAGUCGCUCCCGGUGACUCCUCGGCCCCCCCUGCACAUUGAUCUGUUACUGAGCAUUUCCUGCUUUUAUCAUCGUCACCUUCAUCAUCGCCAACACUCCAAGAGCCAUCAUGAUUACCACUCUCAGUUCCAUCAUCACCGCCAUCAUUACACACAUACACAUACAAGUAAACAAUUAAAUAUAGUAAAAAAACUUUU